AUGGUAGGCCAGAGCUUCCAGGCGGUCCGACCUGAUAAGAUCUUGAAAAAGCAGGAGGACCUCGAUCUCAUCGCACAACUACAAGUUGAGAACAUCAGUCUCGCUGGGAAACUACGAGUAGCCGAAGAAGAAGCGCACCGAUAUGAACAGGCUGUGACAGAAGCAAAUGAUAAGAUUAACUGUCAAAGGUCUGUAAUAGAGGAGUCCCGGAUUGCUAUCCAACGUCACGAGCAGGAUAUAUUGAAUUGGAUGUCUCUUUGUGAAUGGUACCAGACGAAAUGUCUUCAGUGCUCUAGCGUGCUGGACCAGAUGAGUGCAUUUUUGCAAGGCAAUAUGCCUGCUGCAUCAGAGGUAGGUACGUGA